GACAGGCCCGCGGAGGUGGCGGCAGCGCCGGGAGGCCCCCAGCCAUGGCCGACGACCUGAAGAGGUUUCUCUACAAGAAGCUGCCCAGCGUUGAAGGUCUUCAUGCUAUUGUAGUCUCAGACAGAGAUGGUGUGCCUGUUAUCAAAGUUGCCAAUGAUAAUGCUCCAGAACACGCACUGCGACCGGGCUUUCUGUCCACCUUUGCCCUUGCCACAGAUCAGGGCAGUAAACUGGGACUUUCUAAAAACAAAAGUAUCAUCUGCUAUUACAAUACAUACCAGGUGGUGCAGUUCAAUCGCUUACCUUUGGUAGUAAGUUUCAUUGCCAGCAGCAAUGCCAAUACCGGGCUGAUUGUAAGUUUAGAGAAGGAGCUCACGCCCCUGUUUGAAGAACUGAGGCAGGUUGUUGAAGUUUCUUAACCCAAUGGUAUAGCCGGAGUGCAGCAUCCCUCUGCAGCCCAGUGGACGAAAGAUUCAAUAAUCCUCAGUCAAAUAACACGCCUCAGAAGAAAUACCACAGCUCCUUAGUAUACUAAGUAAGAGUAAAUUGUACAUAGUACUGAAUCUGAAAUGAUCUACUAGUGUGUUGUAGAUGGAUGUUACUUUAGGCCAUGCUUCUUGUAUUGUGCAGUACUGGAGAGACCACCAAAAUAGCUCCCAUGGAGUUUAGCUCAGCCAGCUGAGUCAGAUCGGCACGAUGCUGUUGGCUCAAACAAGCAACCCACAGAUCUCUCGCUUUACAGGGGACUGGGCACUGGGGUUUAUCCUCAGGCCAGCUACCACGACGUGUUGGAAAGCGGAUCGGUUGUAUGGUGUCAUCAAAGAUGUGGUUGAAAGAGUAUUCUGAGAGCAAGUUUACUAGCAGUGGUGUGUCAGUACAAUCAAUAAAUAUCCCAGCUUUCUUACACAGGUAGUACUUUGGCAAGGAAAUGCUACUAAUCUGGAUGCUAGCUGCAUCCUGCUUCCACUAAGAAAGCUGUUUCUAUGAAAGCUGUUGCUUUUAGGGGUUUUCCUGAUGCCCAGAUAAAAGCACCCGAACAAUGUCUCACUUCUUCAUGGGUUUUUUUGGAUAAUAUGGUUGUGAAGAUCUCAUGUCUCAUAGUCUUUGUGUGGGUUCAUCACCGGUGACACUCUCAGCUCAUUUACCCUUAGGUUUUUCCUAAGUAAAUAAAUAUAAAUAAAAUACAGUAUUUUUAAAUGACAGAGCCUGGUCCACUCUUCUGUUGCACCGUAAUACUCUACAGCGCAUCAGCUUUUCUGUGGAGAGAGCAGGUCUCUUAGUUGUUUGUAAAUGUACAAAAUUGAGGAGUUCACAGGCUGAGAACUAACCAGUGUGUGUCUCCAUUGGGUGAUAGGGAUACCGAGUCCUGUGCCAGUGCAGAGACGCAGAAGUUGGUGCUGACUGGCUUCCUGUCGCUGGGGAUCAGUCCCGUGCUCCUUGCCCCGCCUCCUUCCCUCCUGGGUUCCCCUCGCGAUGACUGCAGUGUAGAUUUCCAGCGCUAAAACCAAGCACCGCACCGUUGGUCUAAGGGAGAGCUCUUGGCAGGUCUCUGCCUCAGGCUGGGAAAGGGGGGGCCACUGGCCCCUCAUUUAUACCUCACCCGCCUUCAGCAUCAGGCAGGAUGGGGGGAAACGGUGGUGCUGGAAAUGAGGACUAGGAAUUCUUGGCUCAAAAGUUCUCUGAGAGAUUCAAAGUUGUCAGUCAACCUUUUUCCAUUUAAACCGAGCUCCUGGCUUGAGCUUUCUGUUGCUGGUCAUUACGGAAGCAGCUGGAAGCUGAGCCCUGAGGUGUCUCUGUCUGUAUUUCUGGCAAAAAGCGUUUGUGUCCCAUCUAAGGCCUGCUCUUGCUCUUAGUUUCUGUUCAACUCGUCUGCCUGUGACUGCUUCCUAGGCCAGCCAAGCACCCUUUCUUACACUAGCUUCAGUUCCUGAGGCCAUGUGCUGAACUUGCUUCUAACAUUGUAACGCAGCCUGUUCACGUGAAAAAGGGAAGGCUGCUUUCGCGGUUACGCUUCAAGCUUCAUUUUCACAGAACAGUGAUGCUGUGGAGAGUAUCGUCUCUCUCUUCCCCUUAUGCUACCUCUAUCUUGGGCAAACUCAUCAAAGCUUUUUAACUAAAUGCGAGAUGCCAGUUUAAGGGGAAAAGGAGGACAAAGCUUUAACAGUACAGUACAGGAAUACAGAAGACUUUUGGUAGUUUU